UCUUCCAUCAUGGCCCUGAGUGUGACCCCUCCAGAACUCUGGCUUGAAGUCCUCAAAACCCUCCCACGGGCCGAUCUCAUCACCACCUAUGCAACCAACCGCGCGCUUUCCCGCCUGACGCGGCCUCUGCUCUUCGCCGACCUUAGCCUGCCGGCGUACGGGACUGACGGACACCCAGCGAAUGAGCUGUUUCUACCUCCAGACGAGGAGGUGCAAUAUCUGCGCGGGAAACUGGGGUUCUGGACGUCACCUGCGGUGGCCCCGCUUGUCCGCACCUGCCGCGUGUUUACUUGGCGCGCGGCCGAUAAGGAAGAAGACGAACUUGGCUAUGCGGAGGAUGACGACGAGACAUUGGAGCUGCUUAACCUGCUGCUGGACAGCCUUCAUGUCUUUACCAACCUCUGGCAGCUUUCGUUCGAGGGGGUAGUACUGCAUACCCCUGCACUUGUCAAAAUUGCCGCUACCCCUGCCCUCCGCCAGCUGACACUUCGAGACUUAUCGCCCUAUGGUGACACGAAAGACUUUGUCCCCACGGCGCCUCUCCCCCCAUUGACGCACUUCGCCUACCUUGAAGGAGAGGACUACGACGAGGACCUUCUUGCUGGCUGGAGGCACUUUCUGGAUCCCGCCCAUCUGGUGUCCCUCAGGCUCGAAUGCGACCUCCGUGCAUUUACCGACAGCCCAACGGUAGUACCGAUUUAUCCUCGGGUCACAUUCCUCGACUUGCUUCCGCCAAAUGAGACCGUGUCUACGUCGGCAGUCGUAAAGCUGCUUCUCAAGUUCCCCAACGUGGUAUAUCUGGCCCUGCCGCGCCAGUUCGACGGACUAGGAGAUGACGACAAGGAUGCCCUAAGGGAUGGGAUCACGCAGCGUCUUGCGCGGGUCACGCAGCUCUCACUACCGCUAGGAAUCACUGCCGCCAUAGUCCCACUGGCUAAACAACUCACAACUCUGUCUCUCAACCUGUCGACGACGACGGUGGAUUUGGCGUCCGCAUUGACCGGACAUGUCUUCGAAGGAAUAAUGACACUUUCCCUAGAUAUCGCGGAGGAGGAGCCUGAUGCUCAUGUGCUCUUACCGGCAAUUGCUGCGACCUUCCCCGCCCUCGCCCGCCUCCGCAUCGAUAUUUCCGCUGUAGUGAUUCCCGAACAGAAAACGCGUGCUACUGUGGCGACCAACUUCCUCACGGUGCUCGCAACGCCGGCGCUGCUUCCUCCGCGCACCACCACCCUCGUCCUCUCCUGGCAGAUCGACAUUAAGGGCAGGCGCUGGUGGGAUCCGGUCGAAUACGCGACCCAUGUGAAGAUUGACUUCCGCGCUGCGCUGGAUGCUAUCCUCUCCGCCUACCCGCGCCUGCACCAUUUUUGGUUCCAUGGCGCUUCGUUCUUUGUCAGCACUAGGCGUACAGCGGACGGGGAGGUGCUUCGGCAGCAGUCCGUGGAACUUGAUGCGCGUGAAUCACUAGAUGCGGAUACAGGGCCCGAGACCGCGCGGAUCGAAGUGGAAAGGAUGAAGGCGGAGGCUACCAAGUUCUGGGAGGAGAAUCGAUGUGCUUGA